AUGAGGAGCUUAGAGGGCAGGUGGUGGAUGUUAUUAGGCAGUGAUAGGCUGAUGAAGAUUAAGUUGGUCAUUAGGGGUUUUGUGUUGCAUGUGUGUAAUGUGUAUGUGCCGCAGGUGGGCUUGGAGGAAAAGGUAAAAAUGAGUUUUUGGGAGAAGUUGGACGAGGUAGUGAAGAGUGUGCCUAGUUCGGAGAAGAUUGUCAUAGCAGGGGACUUCAAUGGCCACAUUGGGGUCUUACUGAAAGGAUAUGGCGAUAUGCAUGGAGGUUUUGGUUUCGGUGACAAAAAUGGUGAGAGAGCUGCUCUGUUGGAUUUUACGAGGGCCUUUGGGCUGGUGAUAGUGGAUUUGAGUUUUUCGAAGAAGAAGGAUCACCUGAUUACCUUUCGCAGCGCUAUAGCCAAGACCCAGAUUGACUUUCUGCUGCUUAGGAAGAGGGAUAAGGGGAUAUGCAAGGAUUGUAAAGUCAUUCAGAGUGAGCAUCUUUUGACCCAGCAUAGGCUUCUAGUGAUGAACUUGUCUAUCAAAAAAGUGCAAGAAGAGAAAGGUCGGGGAGGGUCGACCUAG